AUGUCUAAAAUAUUGAGAUAUGAUUAUGAAGAUGUUCUAAAAAGAAACCCUAAUGACAUUAAGUCUAUGAUAGCAUUAGGUUGUCAUCCUUUUAAUUUAGGUUAAAAACUGUUGCAACAAUAAAAAAGGAAUCAGGCACUUUAUUGGUUUGAUGCAGCAAUAAGCCUAGAUCCCAAUAUGGUUGAUUCACUAUGUGGAAAAGGUAACUGUUCCUGUGUAUAUAUAAGGUGAUGCUUUGCAGCAAUUCGAUAAAUAUUAGAAAGCAAUAUAAUGGUAUGAUCGAGCCUUGGGUAUUGCUCCGAAUCAUGUACCAAGUUUAGUAGGAAAAGGUAAAUUAUUCUUUUAAUCAAAAAUUUAUAGCUAAAGCACUAUAUCAAUUAGAGUUAGAUUUUAAUAAAUUAGCUAAACGUAUUACUAUCUUUAAGUUUAUCUAGCCAAAGUGUUGAGUAAAUAGAAAACAGAAUCUAGUCUCUUUGAAAGAGGUAAACAACUCCUAAUUUCAUUAUUAGAUUCAUUAGAAAAGUUAAAAUUGGAAUAAAGAUUCAAAGAAAAGGGUAUUAAAUUAUGACUACAUAUCUAUUAGAAGAUUAAACCAAAGAGAAGUUAGACAUUCGUCUUAAAGAGAAAGGUACUAUCUGAAAGUUAUUAAAUAUAGAGAAGAUUAAUUUUAAUAAAUAGUUGGAGACUAAAUUAAAUGAUAAAGGUAAAUUAAAAUUAAUAAACUUAAGCCAAAGCAUUACAUUAGUAUAAGAUUGAAGCCUUACUAUAAGGAAAACGUAUUUUAUUUCAGAAAUUUUAGCUAAACCUAAACAUUAAAUUGAACUAGAGCAGGAAAUUGAGCUAGAAUUAGAAUCCUAAAAGUACUUUGAUUAGGCUUUAUCGACUAAACCUAAUUAGGUAUAAGCACUUACAGGAAAAGGUGAUAGUCUUCAUUCACAUUUAGGUCUCUGUGUAAAUGCUUUUUAAAAAUAAAUUGAUGCUGAAGUUAUUAUCAAUAAAGCUUUAUCGUUGCCAACUAUUCUAGGUUAUAAUGAAAAAUAAUCCGAUAUUUAUGCAGCAAAAGGCACUAUCUCGAUUUAUUCUAGGCGAUAUUUUGUUAAAUCAGUAGAAAUAUGCAGAAGCCAACAGUUUUUACGAUAAAGCCUUAGAAUUGGAUCCGAAUCACUUAUAAAGCUUAUUUGGAAAAGGUAUAAAUUUUCAAAGAAGAAAGGCUAAUAUUUCAGAUUGAUUGAAAGCUAUGAAGAUGCUAUUGAAUGGUAUGAUAAAGCCAUUAAAUUAAAACCAAAUCAUAUAUGUUCCAUUUGGGGCAAAGGUCUAUCAUUUUAUAUAUUUUGAAGGUGAAUCAUUGAGAAUGUAAGACAAAUUCCGAAAAGCCAUUGUUUAUUUUGAUAGGGCUUUAAAAUACCAUCCCAAACAUUUCUUAUCUCUUUAUGGCAAAGGUACCUUGUUAUGUAAAUUUGAAGGAGAAGCACUCAGAAUGCUAAAAUUCAAUUAUGAUGCUUCAGUUGAAUAUAAAUAGGCUCUAGAUUUGUAACCCAAUCACAUAAAAGGAUUGUUCGGAUACGGAGAAGUGUUGAAAUUAAUGAAGAAAUACCCAUAAUCUUUGGCAUGCUAUAAGAAAAUUCUGGAAAUUGAUCAAGGCAAUAUGGAGGCUGUUUAGUUGAAAUGUAAAAUUAUUAUUUGAGAUAAAUUAAGAUGAAGUUGAACAUUGCAUAUCUUAAUUGUAAUAAAAGGAAUCAAUUAAUACAUUGAGAAAGUAGGAUCUUUAAAGCAAUAGCAAAUUUUUUGAUGGAAUUUAAACCAAUACUGUAAAUUUUAGAAAAAAACUAUGA